ACAAAAUUUCAAAACCCUAACAAUUUCCAAGAAAUUUCUUAAUGCCUCAAACAAAUUCCUUCUCAUCUUUGUUUCCACAAAAUCCAAAAAAAUAAUUAAUUAAAAAAACUCAAUAAUCACAUUAUAAAAUUAAAUAAUUAAUAAUUAUUAAUUACAAUCCACACAGCCCUUUAAUUUGACUAUAACUCUGAUAAAAUUUUCAUCAAAGAAAAAAUCAAUCAAUGGCGAAGCUCAACUAUCUACUCGUUAUCUUCCCUCUUCUAAUCCUCAGCGCAUCAUCCCAAUCACCGCCGCCCACCGCCGCACCAACUCCGGCGCCGACGGUGUACGAAAUCCUCCCAAAAUACGGCCUACCCAGCGGCUUGUUACCCGAUUCGGUGACCAACUACACACUGACAGAAGAUGGUGAUUUUGAGGUGACUCUAGCGAAACCCUGCUACAUAGAGUUCGAUUACACCGUUUACUACGAGAAAUCGAUUUCUGGGAAGCUGAGUAUUGGGUCGAUCACUAAUUUGAAGGGGAUUCAGGUGCAAAGAUUCUUCUUUUUGUGGUUCGAUGUUGAUGAGAUCAAAGUCGAUUUGCCCCCUUCUGAUAGUAUUUACUUCACUGUGGGAUUAUUAACAAACGACUCGAUCUUACAACUCGAUCUUGAUCAGUUUCUCACUGUUCGUUCUUGCAAGGACAAAGCUGUUUCUAUGAGACAGAUUGUUCAGGUUCCAACUCUAGUGGAUGAUGAUAUCUCAAUGCUUGUAACGGAGUAGAGCAAUUUUAUAGAUAAUUUUGGUCUGUCUAAUUACAACCAGAAUUCGUCAGAUGUGGUAGGCAUAGUAUAUAUAUAUAGCUUAUUAUUAUUAUUAUUAGACUGAACUUCAAUUAUAACUAAGGCGCACUCGAACGUGAAAAAGAGACAAACAUUGUACGAAUAUGAGUACAUUAUGAAUUAAUCGGAACUAUUUGUUGUUAAAAUCCGUGUACGUUAUUACUUGUAACUCGGGAAUAUGAAUUAAAAUGUAUGUGGCUACUACAGUACACACUGGAUCAACGAUCGAUCUGCAGACAGAGGAGUUAUUCUUUCACGA